CCUCAUUUAUUCCCCACCAACCAGCAACUCAAAAAGAACAGACUCAACCCCCCUUGAAAAUCACUUCAGAAACUCAACCCUUCACUCAAAACCAGUCUCUUCAUCUUUCUCAAUUCCCAUCCUUAGAGUUUGUUUCUACUGGUGAGUUGCCUGAGGUUAACACAGAUUUCAAUGAGGAAUUUGAGUGGGAGGAUGACAGACCAGAGAGCCCUUUGAAAUGGAAUGAAUUAGUUGUUGAUGAUGAGUCUAGUGAUGAGAGUGAUCCAUUAUAUGAUCAUGAGUAUCAGAAGUUUUGUGAGGGUGGGGAGUUUGAAGAUGAUGAUGAAGAUGAUUUUCAGUUUGAGGUAGAUGAGAGCAUAGAGAAAGAGAAGGAAGGUGAUUUUAGUCUAUCUGACAUAGAUCUAGAAGGUGAAGGUGAAGAUCUAGAACAGACUGAUUUCUUUGAAGAUGAAUCUGAUGACAGUGAUGAUGAGAUUAUUGAAGCAAGGGAUAGAGUAAAGAGGGUUAAUACAAAGUUACUUGAGAUAAUGAAGGGAUUGCAAGAAAAAGUUUGUAAGGAGAAGGAGAAGGAAAAGGCAGUUGAUGAGGAGAGGGAGUUUGAAGUUGAUGAAGAGAGGGAGAACUCAGUUCAUGAAGAGGUUGCAAGGGAUGUAAACCUAAGUGACUGUGAUGAAGAUAAUGACAUUGAUACACCACCUGGUAGUAGUGAUGAAUUAGAAGGGAAAAAGGGAGAGUUAGUGAGCCAUGAAACUGAUUUCAGUAAGUUUCAUUGGAAGGUUGGUCAGAGGUUUGCUAAUGCCAGUGACAUUAAGGAUGCUGUCACUAAGUAUGUUGUAUUACAGGGUAGAGAUCUAAAGUAUAGUGUGAGUUGGAAAAACAGACAAAGGUUGGGAGUGAAAUGUGUUGGUGAAUGUCCAUUUUAUUUAUAUUUUUCUGUGCAUUCUAGAGAUGCAACUUGGCUAGUGAAGAGAGUAGUUGGAAAUCACACAUGCCAUAGGAACAUGAAUAGUAAUAGGCAGUUGAAGUCCAGUUGGGUGGCUAGGCAGUUGCUUGAUGUGUUCAAAGCUAGGCCACAUUGGCCAGCUAAGGAGAUUGUAGACACUGUAAGGAGGUCUUACAGAAUGAUUGUCAGUAGAGAUUUUGCUUACAAAGUAAAAUACCAUGCACACAAGAUGUUACAUGGCUCUAUGAAAGAGCAUUAUAUGAAGGUGGAGAGGUACUUGAAGGCAUUGAAGGAAGCAAGUCCUGAAAUAGUGUUGGAGUUGGUAGUUGCUCCACAACCUCGGAGUUCUACCCCAAUGUUUAGUAGGAUGUUCACUUGCUUUGAUGGAGUUAAGCAAGGGUGGACAGCAGGGUGUAGGAGAGUGAUAUGUGUGGAUGCUGCAUUUUUGAAGACAUUUCUUGGGGGUCAGAUAUUGACUGCCGUUUCCAGGGAUCCCAAUGAACAGAUGUUCCCCAUUUGUUGGGCUGUUGUGGAAGGGGAGAACAAUCUGUCUUGGGAAUGGUUCUUUAACCACUUAAAGAAUUGCCUAGAUCUUGGACAAGGAGAAGGGAUAGCUAUUAUUUCAGAUGAGCAUCAGGCUAUCUUACAUGCUGUAAGUGUUGUUCUUCCUAAGGCUGAACAUAGGCACUGUGCAAGGCAUAUUUUUUCCCUCUGGCACAGAACCUACAAGGCAGAUGAGAUGAAGCUUUUGUUUUGGAAGAUAGCAAAGGCCUAUAACCAGGCUGAUUUCAAUGAAGCAAUGGAUGAGUUGAGACAGAUUGAUGAAGAGGCUACCCUUGCAAUAACAAGGUAUAAUCCUCAGUUCUUCUGUAGGGCAUUCUUACAGGAAGGCAUCAAAUCUGAGGCCAUUACUAACAAUAUGGCUGAAACAUUUAAUGCUGAUAUCAUUAAUGCUAGGACUAAACACAUAAUUUACAUGUUAGAGGAAAUUAGAGUUGCAUUGAUGCAGAGGUUAGUCAAAAAAAGACAUGAAAUGGAAAAAUGGACCUCUUUGCUAUGCCCUAGGAUACAAGCUAGGUUAGAAAAGGAGAAAGAGAAAGCUGCUGAUUGUGAAGUCUUGUCUUCUUCUGUGAGUCAGUUUAAUGUUAGGUAUUAUUUGGAUCAGUUGAAUGUAGAUUUAGUUGCUUGA